AUGGUUCACCGUAUGACAGUAAAAUUUUUGGUCUGCAUUUGCGCUGUACAAUUGGUGUAUUCAGACAUCAUCACCAAUAUAAAAACUGAAGCGGGAGUUGAGACGCUACUUCAAGAACGAUUUCACUUUUAUUUGUUGGACUUCGAUGAUAACAAUUUGAUAACGUUGGAUAAUUGUUUGAGAGGCUUUCUAAUAGAUGAUAUAAAUAAUGAUGGUAAAGUAACGUAUGACGAAGUGAUAUCUAACCCAGACACACCAAACGCACCUCUCUAUAUCUUCCAAGCAUGGGAUGCAGACGGUGACGGUAGUCUGAGUUUGAGGGAUAUCAUUAUGUCCUUCCAGUUACUUCCUGGAACCGGAAAUGAAAUGGAUCUGCUAGAAUACUUGACGCUUGAGGUUUCUAGAUUGAAUGCAACAACCGGACCUACAAUGAAGAUACAGUCCUUUAUCCACGCUGAAAGGGAUUUCUUUAUAAUAGAUGAAAAUGAUGAUAAUGUAUUAACAAGAAUGGAAUUUCAAGUGGAAUUUAGGCAAGCAGACAAAGAUAAGAAUGGUAACUUGGACGAGUCAGAAGUACGCAAUAUGUUCCCUAUGAGAAGUACUCCCCCAAAACGCAUUUGUCCAAGCACUACCAGCUGCUCUGUAAAUGAUGUCUUGCCUCUAUUUGAUUCAGCAGACAAAAAUGGAGACUCGGAGCUCACAAUCAAAGAAUAUAUUCAGCACUUUGGGCACCUGAUCGAAAUUUAA